CACGCUCGCGCGAUGGAAUCUCUUCCAUCGUUCAACUCGGGAAAAUCUCCUCAUUAUUGGAUUCUCCUUGGCCACGAUUUCCCCGACUCCGACAAUGGAGCAGGUAACAGACUCGCCCUCCUCGAUGCAUGAGACCGAAAAGGGGCUGCAUGAGGCGACUUCGCUGUCAAAUGUCAGCCAUGGCAUGCAGAAACUCCCCCCAAUGGACCGCGGGGUGGAUGCCUGGCUUUUCCUCGCUGCGUGCUUCGUCAUGGAGGCUCUCGUCUGGGGAUUUGCAUUCACCUAUGGCAUUUUCCAAGCAUACUACACCCAGCUACCCGAAUUCAGCAGCUCGGGGAAUAUCGCCCUCGUCGGAACCUGCGCCAUGGGAAUAAUGUAUCUCGACCUGCCGUUUGUGUUCGCCGCAUACCGACAAUGGCCCCAGUACCAACGCCGGGGCUGCGGUGCCGGCGUGCUCGUGAUGUGUCUGGCCCUCGGGCUCAGCUCCCUCUCCACAAACGUCACCCACCUCAUCGUUACUCAAGGCGUCUGCUACGCCGUGGGCGGUAGCAUCGCUUACUCCCCUUGCAUCCUCCUCAUGGAAGACUGGUUCGACAAGCGCAAGGGCCUCGCCUUCGGCGUCAUGUGGGCCGGAACCGGACUCGGCGGCGUCGUCCUCCCCAUCGUCAUGGAGCAACUCCUCAACCGAUAUGGGUUCCGGACUGCCUUGCGCGCCUUCGCCAUCGCGCUCUUUCUCCUCGCCGCGCCGCUGGUCUACUUCGUCAAACCGCGCGUGCCGGUCGCAAAAAACCGGGUUAGCCCUCCACCUCCCAACCUUCGGUUCAUACUCUCCUCGACAUUUGUCCUCUUCGAGCUGUGCAACAUCGUCGAGGCCCUCGGGUUCUUCCUCCCCUCCCUCUACCUCCCCACCUACGCCGGCAUGAUCGGUGCCUCGAAAAGUCUGCAAGCGCUAACCGUCAUCCUCUUCAACUUCGCCUCCGUCGUCGGCUGUGUGCUGAUGGGCGCCAUCGUCGACAGGCUUGACGUCACCGUCUGCAUCCUCGUCUCAACCGUCGGUUCCACCGUCGGCGUCUUCCUCAUCUGGGGCUUCUCCGUGUCUCUCGCCCCCCUGUUCAUCUUCGCCAUCGUAUACGGUCUCUUCGCGGGGUCCUACACAAGCACCUGGCCGGGUAUUAUGCGCGAUGUUGUCCGCAAGAAGGCCUCCGCAGAAUCGAGCAUGGUCUUUGCGUGUCUUGCCGCGGGGAGGGGCGUCGGGAGUAUCGUUUCCGGGCCCCUUAGCGAGGCUCUUAUCAAGGGGAUGCCGUGGGAGGGGAAACCCGGGUAUGGAUACGGGAGUGGAUAUGGCACUUUGAUUGUUUUUAAGGGCGUCACGGGCGUGGUUGGGGGUGGGAGCUAUAUCGCGAGGUCUUUGAAGUGGUUGUAGAUUUUGACUGUCUUGGAGACAUGAGGGGGCGAAAAAAGUGCUUUAUUUUGGGUUCGGGGAAUUGUUGAAAUAGGUACGGGCGCUAUUCUUUUCUUUCACAUCUAUGAGCGGACGCGAAGCCUGCUUGUCCUUCACUUUCCUGCGAUCGCAUGUGACAGGAAAUCUGCAGAGAG